GGCCCGCGGGCCCGGGCGCAGCUCGCGCCGCCCAGCGCUGGCCGAGGCGCGCGGCCAUGGGGGUCACGGUGGACGUGCACCAGGUGUACAAGUACCCCUUCGAGCAGGUGGUCGCCAGCUUCCUCCGAAAGUACCCCAACCCUAUGGACAAAAAUGUCAUCUCUGUAAAAAUCGUGGAGGAAAAAAGAGAUGAGUCAACAGGAAUUAUCUAUCGAAAGAGGAUUGCAAUCUGUAAGAAUGUUGUUCCAGAAAUUUUAAGGAAGGUGAGCAUUUUAAAGGUACCCAGUAUUCAGCUGGAAGAGGAAUCCUGGCUCAAUCCUCAGGAACGAAACAUGGCCAUACGGAGUCACUGCCUUACGUGGACGCAGUAUGCAUCCAUGAAGGAAGAAUCUGUCUUCCGGGAAAGUGUGGAAAAUCCAAAUUGGACAGAGUUCAUUCAAAGAGGCAAGAUUUCAAUCACAGGGGCUGGAUUUCUCAACUGCAUUUUAGAAACUUUUGCCAGCACAUUCUUACGACAGGGAGCCCAGAAGGGAAUUAGAAUAAUGGAGAUGCUGCUGAAGGAACAGUGUGGUGCCCCCUUAGCGGAAUAAAGAAUCAUCAGGAUGCCAUGUGCGUCUGCUGUCUUUCAAGAAUCUGUCUUGGCCACCACACAUCCUAGUCCCAGUUUCUGGAAUCCAGGUGCGGGGGUGCAGUGCCAGCAGCUGAGAAGAGGACACCUCCCCACCAGGACAUAAAGCGAUAAACUCCCCCAGGAGCCUGCUUCUAGCAGUGGGGCUCGGGGAGCCGGACUUCUCCCAGCUGGAUUUUUAUGACCGUCUCAUUAUUAUUUGACAAAUAAAGGAGAAAAAUCCAUAUGAGAUGCUGUCCACCCCCCCUCAGGAUAUUCUGCUGGUUGUCUGGUGGAGGGGGUCUGGGUAGCCAAGGAUAGGAUAAAGUCCUAUGGAGGGUGCCUUUUCCCUUAUGUUCCCAGUAUCAUUGUUCACAAGGAUUCCGGAACAGAUUAAGUAACUGAACCUGGUGCUGAUUCAUAGGUGGCCUGGAAUAAGUCAGCCGUGUCCCAGACCUGUGCUGAAGCCAUGCCAUAUUUAUAGCAAGCUUUAAGAUUCUCAAGAAUCAGGAAGAUUUGAUUUCUGUCCCUGAGUAGUACACAACUGGACCGUGAACUAUGUUUGGUCCCCUGAAAGAACCUGGGACAGGGAGUGGGAAGGUAGGUUCCAGCCUUGGCUCCUACCAACUUGUUCCAUAAUGUGGAGCCGCUCAUUACCCUCUUUGGUUUUUUAAUGAGUGUGUGGACGGAGUUGUGCCCACAUCUAUCUGCCAGUGGGCUGUGAUGAUAAAACGAGGCAUUUUGGUGGAAGAAAAUAGAUUUGGGAGACAGGCCUGAGUUUGAGUCCCAGUGCUGCUACCUACUAACUCUGUGUUCAUAUACAUAAUUUUUAAAUCUUUCUGAAAAAAAUUUCUAAAAUGAUAGAUUAGCUUUGUGAGCUUGUUGGACUGAUUUGAGAUCAAGUGUCUAAAGUACCUGGCAUAACUGCCUCCUGGAUGGAAGUCCAGUAAGUAGAAGCCAGUCUUACUAUGUGAGAUUAUUUUGAAAAUACAUGUUUCAACUACAGUAUCAGGUAGUAUUCCUGUUUGAAAAUUAGAUGCCAGUAGCUUGCAUUUCCCAUUUUCAGAAGCAAAAUAAAAAUGUACAGUACCUAACAAAGCUUGAAGAGAGGUGGUAAUUUAGAAUUCAUCUUCUUAAGAUAAAAAUUGAGCCAUUACUGGGAAGUCUUGAGGAAAUUGUUCUUUUUUAAUAUUUGAAAAAUUUUUCACUUAGUGCAUUGAUGAAUUUCAAAGCAAUUGUACUUUUUCAUACAAGCCUGCCACUGUGUGCCUCUUCUUACUGUAUUUGAGCUAUUGGUGCUACCUGAGUUUUGUCUUAGGAUAAUUUCCCUUCAUUUCCUUAGUGUUUUAUUCUUAUGUUGGAAGGGAAAGUGAAUGAUAGAAACCACAACACAUUUUGACCUUCUUUUCUAGUUUGUAAAUGGCAUUUGGCAGACUUUUGAAAUAGUAGGCUUUUUUUUUUUUUUUUUUUUUU